AUGGAAGGUUACAGUCAAGAUGCAUGCCAUGCGUAUGUUGCAGGCAAUAGCACAUCCUACGGCUAUGUACCCUCGCUGUCCGCAGCAUCAGCGUUUGUGGCUUUCUUCGGUCUGUCAAUGCUGCUACAUACCACCCAAAUGAUUUGGUUUCGCACUUGGUGGUGCGCAGUUUUCUCAAUUGGGUGCCUUGUUGAACUUCUCGGCUGGGCAGCACGGGCCUGGUCUGCGAAGUGCCCUUACGCCCAAACACCCUAUAUGAUGCAAAUCACGACUCUGAUUAUCGCGCCCACAUUCUUUACAGCUGGAAUCUACGUUAUCCUUGCGAGAGUUGUCGCGAUUUUCGGUCGAGGCUCAUCGUUGAUGCCACCGAAGCUAUAUGUUUGGAUCUUCUGCAUAUGUGAUGUCAUUGCUCUGGCAGUUCAAGGUGCUGGAGGUGGUAUGGCCUCAUCUGGAGGGGGUGGUGGUUCAUCAUCGGGCGGUUCAGUGAAGACCCAGGCAAGAAGCUUAUUCUCGCGAGCCGGAGAAAGCUCGAGCAGCAGCAGCAGCAGCAGCCAGUCCAUGGGUACACAUAUUAUGGUUGGUGGAAUCAUCUUCCAACUGAUAUCCAUCACUCUGUUUGUGGUGCUCGCUGCCGACUUCGUUUUCCGCGUUUCUAAGCAGAAGCCGCAGGCUUUCCACCGAAACAAGCCUCUACUUUUACUUGGCGGUGCGACCGUAUUAUCUCUUCUGCUUAUUUACAUUCGAAGUGUUUAUCGCACCAUCGAGUUGCUACACGGGUGGACAAGCUCAACGAUGCGGAACGAGAAGCUAUUGAUUGGUCUUGACGGAGCAAUGAUGGUCCCGGCUGUGAUGAUCUACAACUUGCUUCAUCCAGGUCAUCUUCUGCCAAAGAUUCAAGUCAAUUCAAGCUACUUCAACCCCGAGUCUUUUACAAUGGAUUGCCAGGCAAGCAGCAAUCCAUUUCAAGAUCCAGAACAUGUGAAUGGCGAUCGUGAAAUAUUGUUGAAGGGCCCAUGA